AUGAUGGUUAGCAGUCUCGUUAAUGUCAAUGUCAUUGUAUCGGCUGUGCUCUUUAUCGUUACAGACAAGCUGAAGGCCGUGAGCGCAGCAGCGCCAUUUAUCACCACCUGCAUCUUCUUCAUCGUCACCUUCUUCAGCAUCCUCACCAACACCAAGCGCAGCAAUCACAGAGACAUCGCCAUCAUCCUGUUUCGUCAGCGCUUCGUAUGUACUUUCGUCAUCGUCAUCUUCAUGAUGCCCAUCGUCAAUGUCGUGACCAUCCGUGUUUGUUUCAGGCAAUGUGCAAAGUCCACGUGCGCCAUGGUUGACUGCGUGAACCCGCUGCAGCAAGCUGCAUGCAUAGCAUCAAUCGAGAUCUGCGCGCCAGAGACGGCUCGGCUUUACCUGCCCGAGACUUGCGCAAGGCUGGUUUCGAGGCCUUUCAACAAGGCCCUGCGGCGAUUCGAGCCCGAGACGGGUGUGACGUUGACCUUCGCAGCCGACGACCAGCCAGGUUCCGAUCAGGCGAUUCCGAUCGCGUGGACUUUCCCUCUGAAGGACGUGAGCCUGGUACAGGCCUGGCUCCUGGCCCGGGGUGGAAGUGAGAACCCGAGGCUGUUGCUGCCCGAGUGGCUGGAGGAUCUGUAUCAGCCCUCUUCGCGCCAGACGAACGAGGCGCCGACCCCUGAGCCGACUUUCUUCCGGGAGCCGGUGGCCGAGGAGCUUUUGCCUUACCAGCGGACCGGCAUUGAGUUUGGCAUACGUCGACAAGGUCGACUGCUGCUGGCCGACGACAUGGGAUUGGGUAAGACGGUGCAGGCGAUUGGCAUCUUGAAGCAAUUUCAAUGCCAGGACCCGAUCCUAGUGGUGGCUCCGAGCUCCCUACGUGGGGUUUGGCUCCAGCAACUCCGGCGAUGGGCCGGCGUGGAUCCUGCGAAGGUGCAGGUCAUCUACUCUGGCAGCACGCCUCUUGAUCCUGAUGCGUCCUGGGUCAUCGUGUCGUAUGCAUUACUGGUCAGGCAAAAGCAUCUUUUGCGAGAUGCGCGCGGUCAGCCCUACCGGUUGGUGGUCUGUGACGAGUGCCAUUACGUCAAGAAUCCGGAUGCCAAGCGGUCGCGUGCGGUAUACACCGUGGCAGAGGAAGCGAAAUUCCUCAUCCUCAUCAGCGGCACGCCGGUGUUGAACUCGGCGAUGGAGUUGUUUCCGCUUCUGCGCCUGCUGGAUAGCCGUCUGCCGGACGAAAGCACAUUUGGGCGUCGAUACUUCAGGUCCAAGAACAACGACUUCGGAAAAAGCAAGUGGGUGGGUCCUCAGCGAGAGCUAGAGUUGCACACCUACCUCUUCCACAAGAUCGGCAUCCGGCGCAAGAAGGAGGACGUGCUGACGCAGCUACCGGCCAAGCGGCGGCAAACCAUUCUGCUGAAAGAGGCCACUUGUGGUCUGAGCUGGCAGGACCAGAAAGACCGAAAUUGGGUUUAG